UCGCGGUUGUCAAGCUAUUUUCUCAUCGCAAUGUGCCGUUCUGGCGCAUACUAUGUAUGAAAAUUUACAGAUUGUCGUGUGCGUUGUAUUUUAUUUCAGACGAUACUUGACGGCUGUUAUAAACUCCAUGGCUUUUAUUUUCAACGAGCGAUAUCGGUCUCUUGUUUUGAUUUUCUCGAACUUCGCUAACAAAACAACUCUAAAUGAUAUGGAAGUGGGUGUAAAAGCAAAGAAUAUGUACGUUUAAAAACAGUGAAAAUCGAGUGUACGUUUUACUCGAGACCUUUUGCUGUAUCUUCUCUAUUCACCAUGGAGGAGAAAAUGGAUAGUGAGAACAGUUACAGCCACAGUGGGGAUAGCAGCAGUUCUUCAGAUAGCUCAAGUGGUAGUUCAGAAUGCGACGAGGAAGUAACAGAAGCCGUUCGCAUCCUGGGGCAAACCCUAGAGCUGCCCCAAGACCUGUGUGAGGAUUAUUCAGUAUUCAGAGAAUUCUUUUCUAUGAAAACUUGGGAAAGCUUGGAUGAUAAACAUAAAGAAUAUCUCAGAACAUUACUCCCACAGUUCAAGGAGGACGACGAGGAGGAAAAAGAUACUACAUUAGACAUGUUAUUUAAUUGUGAACCGUUCCAUUUCUCAUCUCCUUUAGAUAUUUUUUUCAACAACUUGAGGCAGGGCAACUAUAGACCUGAUAUAGCAAGGAUGAGAAAGUUUUUAAUGAAAGCUAGAGCAAAACAACAAAAACACAAGAUAAAAUCCUAUUAUGCUAAAAUACUACCGGAAGUACUAAUAUCAAGAGAAAGAUUACUGGCAGUGGCGAAAGCUGUGCCUCCUGGACCUACACCAUACAUACCAAGUAUCCCGCCAAAACCAUCAGCGAAGAAUAAUUAUAAACCCAUUUAUGUAAGAGCGAGACAGAGGUAUUUUGAUGAGCUCAGUGCUAUAUGGAGUGAAGUAGGGUGUGAUGAGUCUGAAGAUGAGAACUACCCUGAAGGUGCACCAGAAAAUACAGCUAAAAAGAGGAAGCUGAAUUCUGGACAAAAUAUGGAAACAGUAUCUGGUACUCUAGGAGCUUUAGACUCUGCACAUCCAUCUUCAAUAGCGUGCUUGAAAAGUGUUCUAGCUACCCACAGAGCAAGGAGGCAGUAUAAAGAGAACCAUCCAGAGCUAAACACGACUGGUAUAACGUUGGAAGAAAUAAAACAAAGGGUGUCAUUAAUGAAUGGUACCAAAAAGCUAAUGUUUGGUGGGCAAAAGGUUGAAACGCCCAUCCACAAAAUCAAAAAGGUGGCCAAAGGUGGUAACCAAAAACUAAAAGAUCUGAAAUCAGCAAUAAAGAAGGUUAAAGAAGAAGAUAAUGCUGACAAAACACCUCUACUGCCAAAUAUCAAAAUAAAGAGCGAACCAGAUGCAUCAGAUUCUGAGCAUUCAUCCGUGUUGGAUCCAGUCUCAAGUCCAAAACAGAAGAAGAUACUAGACCAAAGUGAAAUUAAACAAGAAGUGUCAGACAGUAAAUUCUUAGGUGACAGUGACUUGGAUAGACCAAUCAAGGAAGAGCCCCAGGACUGUAUGGUUCCAAAUCCAUUCAACUCUAAAAUUUGUCAGCCAGUACCUAUUAAAUUGGAAGACCUUGAUGGAAUUGAUAUGAUGGCGCUACCUGUGGAGUUAGUAGACGAAUCGGGCGACGUGAUGGCUGUGAAUAAACCGGAAGUGAAGUCGGAGCCGACCAUAGAGGAUGAGGCGUUGACGGAGACGACUCACGCCAACUUCCUGUCUCUGGUUCGCGCGCUGUUCCCGGCUAGAGCGGCGCACAGAGCGUCGAAACAGCAGUUGCACGCGCGGUGCGCUGCGGUCAUGCGGUCGCCGAUAGCACCCUUGAAUACUUGGUAUAAUUUGUCGGAUGACUGGUGUGGGGAGUUGAAUUCGGCGCUGGAAUUCCUAGCUGGAGACAGAGGGCCGCACCCCGAUGAUUAUGUACCCUACCUACAGUACAUACCUAGUACACAGAUGUACCAGUGGAUAGGCGCGGGUCGCGACUGUGACGCGAUAUUAGGGCGGCUCUGUGAGCGGUGGUUGCGGGCCGCGUCGCCGACGCCCGCGUCCAGAGAGCCGCCGCCAUCGAGACAUCCUACGAAUUGGGUAGUGAGACAGCCGACAAAUGCUGAAAUUGCGGAAUUCAGAGCACAAGAAAGGAGGAGAUUUAGUACACCCUCGAAACCGUUCACUUACGUUUUAUUUGGUUACCGGUCAUCGGUCGGCGCGGUGGGCGGGGCGCGGGGUGGGGCUGCGGGCUCGCGUGCGAGCGGUGCGGGCGCGGCGCUAGUGUCGCCGCAGCGUCCGCGUGCAGUUGCUUUUGUACCGCUGCUGCGAGACGCCGUAGCACGAUUACCCAACGGAGAAGGCACCACACGACACGUUGUUACGUUACUCAAAAUGUCCCAGUGGAUAGUUCCGUGUAGCGAGCAAGUGUUAACGACUGCGGUAACCAACGUUUUGGAAAAACUCGCGGCGGUCAAGCGUGAUCCGUUCGUCAAAUAUGACCAAAGGACAUCAAUUUGGACCUACCUUCACAGGCACAAGAGUGAAGAGGAUUGGCUGAAGAGUACGGCGCGAAGUCGUGCGAACAAAUCAAACAGCGUAUCUUCAACGCCAUCAGUUCAAACACCGAUGGACGUGGACGUCAGUAAUCCCGAAGAAGUAUUGGAGAACGCGUCAGACAGCGACGUAGACGUGGACGACACGAGCGCUCCCACGUCAACCGCGCAUCUUUCCUCGGCCCAGCUGCUCAUGCAAGCCACCCAGGCCACUUCCACCCCGGUGCACAUAACCAAGACCAAAGGCAAACUCAUCCCCACAGCAAAACCCAAGGCCACCCCGCAGAAACCUCAACCGAAAAUGCCCAGUCUCGUUCAAACGAAAACCAGUCCACAAGUAAAGCCAGUCAGUCAAGCGAACACAGUCCAAAGCCCGAAGCCAACUCAGACGCAACCGAAGCAAGCGAGCCUACUCCAGUCACCGAAAUCGAAUCCGACACCGCCAAAACCGGCCCCGAAGACUGUGCCAACUAAGAGUAUAGUCAAACCGAGUAUACAGUCUCCGAAGCAAGCGCCCAAGCAGAAUAUUGUAGUGCAAGGUGUUAAGCAGAAUGUGACGUCGCUUGCUAAGCAGAUUAGUGAGUCGUUAAUAACGCAAAUGUCGACGACGCUGCCCUCUAUAGUAAUAGCGCCGCAGCGGUCUCCGCUCACCAAACAGAAGUCUGUCAGCAAAAUUGAGACACCACAGUCAACGGUAUCAACAAUUACAUCGGCACAGCAAAAUGCAGCUGUGGCGUCAAUACUUCAAUCCAAUAUUACCACAACCUUACAUCAAACAACUACCUCUGCAACCAAGCUGACGCCCGUGACGCGAUCCUUGCUAAUACGACCGUCUGCUGUACAAACAACAACGACGAGCGUUGUUAAUGUUGUUACAACACCCGCACAGGUACCUUCUACACCCAGACGGAGUGUGGUUAGGGUGUUAAGUCCCGCGACUCCGUCAUCAGGAAAAUCUCUUAUAUCUCCCAGAGCGCUCCUACAUCAAAGCACACCCGCUACAAAGAAACGCACCUUACCCAGUUCUGUGUCAGAAUCUAUCAUAGUCCAGACAACCGCGACGGCAAGUAGCACGAGCACAGAAGUAAGCUUGAGCGGUACAAGCGUGGCGACGUCGCGCACCGUGCAUCUUGGCCCGCAGCUGCAGCUGUCCUCCCUGUCGCAGCUGCAACAGAUUCAGCAGCUGGUGCGGCUCCCCAGCGGCCAAACAGUCCAGCUUGCCUCCCCACACACGCUCCAGGCGCUCAAGGUCACGCCGCAGAAGACGCAACCUCGACCGCUCACCAAAUCCGUCCUACCGUCCACCGUCCAAAUCGCCGGCCAGACGGUCCAAAUCGGCGGUCAAACGGUCCAGCUGGCCGGUCAGACGGUCCAGUUAGGACACACAGUGAAGCUACCUGGUGGUCAAAGCGUCCAAGUGGCUAGCCCCUCUCUGUCGUCCAGCGUGCAGCUGCCGAGCGGCCAGACGGUCCAGAUCGGCGGAAACGUCCAGACUGUCCAACUCGGCCAGAACGUUCAACUGUCCGGUCAGAAUAUGGGCCAGACAGUUCAAUUAUCCGGUCAGAAUAUGGGCCAGACAGUUCAAUUAUCCGGUCAGAAUAUGGGCCAGACGGUGCAGUUGACCGGUCAGAACGUGGGCCAGACGGUUCAAUUGUCCAGUCAGAAUAUGGGUCAGACGGUUCAACUGUCCAGUCAAAACAUGGGUCAGUCGGUUCAACUGUCUAGCCAAAACAUGGGCCAGACGGUCCAACUGUCCAGUCAAAGCAUGGGCCAAACAGUCCAGAUCGGUGGCCAAACUGUACAACUACCGAGCGGACAGACGAUACAACUGGCUAACGGCCAAACCUUGCAACUGGCUAACGGUCAGACGAUACAGCUGGCUAACCAGACACCCAAGUCAGUGUCGCAGGUCGUCCGCGCGCCCGGGGACAAAUCCGUGCAGCCGAUAAUGGCUAAGCUGCUAAGUAAUGCACAGACACAGAUGAUCUCGCUAGACAGCGGUGGCGCGGCGGGGCGGGCGCGCGGCGUGCGAGUGCUGGCGCCGGCGCGGCCCGUACUACUGGCGGCUGGGAAACCGCUGCAGAAUAUUAUAUUGCAGCAAAGCGACGGAACGGCUAUUCGUGUAACGUCAUCAGGAGGCACUGCCACAUCACAAACUUUAGUCCUAAGUAAUAUUGGAGGUCAGGGAGUAGCCACGUCAACGUCCUCAGCGCCAGUGUUAAAGUUACAACAGGUGAAUCAAUUACACCAAGUAAAAUUGCCGCAAGGAAUUAAGUUACAACAGGCGGUGUCGAGCGCGGGCACGGGCGUGCGUUCCGUACUGAUGGACGGGCAGCAGCUGAAGUUGGUGGGCGGGCGGCACGUGCUCGCGCGCCUGCUGCGACCCGCCGCGCCGCAGCCGCCCCAGUAGUCACGUGACCAGAAUUGAAGUACGACAGCGACUGCAGUCACGUGGUAACAGUGAAGUAUGACAGCAACAGUAUUUACGUGACCGGCGUGAAGUACGACAGCAAUAGUAGUCACGUGACCGGCGUGAAGUACGACAGUGUACAAUAGUUACGUGACCACAGUAAAGUAGUCGUACUUUACUGUGGUCACGUGCCGCCGACUGCCCCCGACACAUACCGUCGCCUGCCGUCGACUACCGCAGACGCAUGCCGCCGACACCUGCCGUUUGUCUGUAAGCGCUCUAAACUGCGUCCCGCAUCACCGCAGCCGUCGUAGUAUUCACGUGAUAAAUGUGAAGUACGACCGAUUUUAAGUUGUGAUGUAAGUUCUGCUGCGACCUCCUGCUGUAGUUACGUGACAAGUAACAGACACAUUUGACGUCGUUAUGUCAGCUCUAAGUUAUGUAACUAAAGAGUAAGAAAGAACGAUGCGGUAGGGUAUUAGAAACAUCGUAAUAAUUUGUUACCUACUUGUGUCGCCGCAAAGCAGUUGUAGAACGCGAUGCGUUAUGACGUUGCGACCGUCGCGCCGCAAUGCAGCUGUUACAUGUCACGUGACGUCACGUGAUUAUGAACAGUGUACUAAAAGUUCACUUUUGUACGUACAAAGACGCUGCGAGGGUACUAGUGUGAAUACGAUACGUAUUCACAGUGAAGCUGUUAACACUAUUGCCAGAAGUUGUAGUAGCCAAAACCUUUAUUUAUCUGGCAACUGUGUAUUGUAAAUAUAUAUUAAACAAUGUAGAAAUAAUGAGAGAUUAUGAUCUUUUAUUAAAUGUAGAGCCAGAAAUCUUCACAUUCAAGUUAUUUCUAUGAUUUCAUGAACUGAUACAAAGUUAUUUUCUUAAACUAAAAAUUAUUAAGGGCUUGAAAUGGUUUUAACCGGAAAUACAGAAUAUGAAGGUUUCUUGUUCAAAUAGUAUUUUGUAAAUAUUAUAAUAUAGCUAUAUUUAAAAUUUAAAUAUAGAAUUUUAAGGUACUUUAUAGGUUGUUUAAAGGGACGGAUUAGAUAUUUCUCGGUAUUUGGACGACAAAAAGUAUUCAUUUGACAUUUUUUGGUGUUGUUAAAUUUUUACCUAAUUGUAAAUUAGAACAACAUAGUUGUAUUUGGAAGAAAGUUAUAUUCAUUUUAAUAUAAAUGUUGGAUAUGUUUUCGUGUAAUAUUGACGAUCUUUUUGUGAAAAAGUAGCAUUUUUAGAAUCAUCAAAAUAAAAAUAUGAGAAAGUAUGUAUAUUGCGUUAAAAUUGAAGUCACAGUAUUAGACUUUGUGUAUUUUGGACUGAUUUUCUGUCUGUGACUUUCGCGUGUGUAUAUGUGUCCCUUAUAUUGAGUUGACUGUGAAAAUAGGAGCGCUCUGAGAGUUGGGGCUGUAAUUUUAUCUUUUAUGUUUCUAUGAAAAAUGCUCCAACUUCAUGGAUUUCCCUAUACAGUAAUAUAAAAAGUAUCUCUUUCAGCGCUGCUACUUUUACAGUGGACACAU